AUGGGGGAGUGGGCGUUCCUGGGCUCGCUGCUGGACGCCGUGCAGCUGCAGUCGCCGCUCGUGGGCCGCCUGUGGCUGGUGCUCAUGCUGAUCUUCCGCAUCCUGGUGCUGGCCACGGUGGGCGGCGCCGUGUUCGAGGACGAGCAGGAGGAGUUCGUGUGCAACACGCUGCAGCCCGGCUGCCGCCAGACGUGCUACGACCGCGCCUUCCCGGUCUCCCACUACCGCUUCUGGCUCUUCCACAUCCUGCUGCUCUCGGCGCCGCCCGUGCUCUUCGUCAUCUACUCGGUGCACCGCGCCGGCAAGGAGGCGGGCGGCGCGGACGCGGGCCCCGGGCCGCCCCCGCGCCGCCGCUGCUACCUGCUGAGCGUGGCGCUGCGCCUGCUGGCCGAGCUGGCCUUCCUGGCGGGCCAGGCGCUGCUCUACGGCUUCCGCGUGGCCCCGCACUUCGCGUGCGCCGGCCCUCCGUGCCCGCACACCGUGGACUGCUUCGUGAGCCGGCCCACCGAGAAGACGGUUUUCGUGCUCUUCUACUUCGCCGUGGGGCUGCUGUCGGCGCUGCUCAGGCCGCAGCAAGGCGUCCCUGGCCACCGUGCGCCAGGACCUGGCCAUCUAGAGGCGGGCAGCAGGUGCUUCCGCGAAGACUGUCCCCAGGACCCUGCCCGAGCACUUCCCAGGUGCUCUCGUUGGAGUGGGGGCCGGGGGAUGAACGGAGGUGGGUCCUGCUGCCCUCCCUGAUCCAGGCGGCCCGGGACUGAGAGAAAGCGCACAAGAGGACAUAGCAGAGAGGAAACUGGAGGUUCGGGUGGUGCCCAGAAAAACGAACCAUGAUACCAGCUUCCCGCGGGCCUCUCCUUGUUCAGACAGAGAUGUGGCCCCUGUGCAGGCUCCCUAUGAGUGUGCACACAUGUACACAUGUGGACUGUGAGCUGCGUGUGUGCGAGCAUGCGUGUACCCCGCGUGAGCUGUGUGUGUGCGUGUGUGUAGGCACAGGGGCAUCCUGUGUGGGCUCGCUGUGUGUGCAUGGGCAGCCCUGUGUGGGUUCUGUGUGUGUGCAUGACCGUGCGUGUGUGUGUGUGUGUGUGUGUGUGUGUGAGAGAGAGAGAGAGAGAGAGAGCGCUGAUACGGUGCCAGCAACAGCCACAAUGGCUCCCUCCCCACCUGCAGGGGCAUUGCCCGAAGCUCUCCCCUCUCAGUGGAGCCCACGCUGGGAGGAGAGAGGUGCCCCUUCACCCUGGGCAGGCCUCUGUGUGGUAGGGCUUGUGGACGACAUCCACACACUGGACUGUGUGGCCUGGGCAGGGUGGCCAAGCCCUCCCUUUGUUGGAAGUAGACUGGGGGUGGGCAGUAGGGUCAGAAGGCAGGACUCUUUCCCAGCUUCACUCCCUCACCCUGCUACUAUUCCCCAAGACCAUAAACACGGCCAAGUCCCUUCCAUCCCCAAGUCCCUUCCAUCCUCGAAAGAAAUCUGCCCACAAACGUGCUCCAGGCCCCGCAUUUCCUGUCCUGGGGGAAGACGAAGAGCUCCCUAUGUGGCUGCCUUACGGCCCCCUCCUGUCUCUUCUCCGCCCCCAUCUGUCUUCCUCCCUUGCCACCCCAGUGGGGCUGCUCUCAAGAUCACCCAGGACUUCAGUGACAUCCGGGGACCACUAUCUGACCAUGCCCUGGGCUUUAUCCAGCCCUGCUGAGCAGGCCAUCCCCACCCACCCUGCCUGAUUUUCUCCCUAGUCCUCCUGCUUGCGCCCUCAGGGGCUCCCUGUCAUCAGGGUAAGUCACACCGUUGUUGAGGCUUCUGAAGUCCCGCCCUGUCCUCUCCUGCCCCAGCUCCAUGGCACGGGCUUCCUAUGGUUUCUGUGCUCCAAACCAUGCUGAGUUUUCUCUUCUUGCCAGGCACAGUGAACCAUCUCCUUCCAGGUGUUUGAACAUGCUGUUUCUUGGCCUGGGCCAGCCUGCCUCGCUGCAGCACCUCCUCCCCACCCCAGCUAAUUCCUACCUACCUUCUGGUCUCAUUUGGGAAGAAAUAGAUGCCUUCCCUCAGAGCCCCCACCCCCAAGUUGGAGCGAGAUGCCCCCGAGGCACCUGUGCGUCCCCAGGCAGAGCACGCCUGCUGGAGGCAUUGCUUUGCUCCACACUGGCCCAGAGUACAUGCUUCGUAAAUUUGCGUUCUCGAGGAACUGGAGGUGCCCCCAAGGCCCGGGGGCUUAUCCACACUCAUGGUGGUGUGCCACAUUUCUCUGAUGACGGUCAGUUAUGUGUGCAAAGCCUGGACCUCCAACAAACUCAAAUGUGGCUAUCCAGCUGUUUUCCAGAUGUAUUCAUUCAAGAAAUAUUUGUUGAGCACAUACUAUAUGCCAGGCAAUGUUCAAGAUCAGCACUGUUCAAUAGAAAUAGGAUGUGAGCCACAUGUGUAAUUUUAAAUUUUCCAUUAGCCACAUUAAAAAGUAACAGGAAGCAGAUGAAAUUAAUUUUAAUAACACAUUUUCUUUAACCCACUGUAUCCAAAAUGUUAUUUCAACACAUCAUCGAUAUUUUUAAAA